AAUGUUUAAAACCAGUCUUAAUCGAGCAGUCAAAUUGUGCAGUUGUAAAUAAAAAGUGAAGCAAAAAUAUCAUAAAUAAUUUUUUAGCAAAGGUGUGUUGUGAACAAGAAAAUUAUAUAAGAACAGUAAAAAAAAUUGAACAAUUGACAAAGGAAUCAUGAAACACGUUUUCGCAAUAAUCGCGCUGUUAUCGCUGACCCUGGCAUGCGUUCUUGCCGCAGAUGACGACUGUCCUGCUGUGUCAGAUCAACAACCGGCAAACCUCGACACAAAAACGCGUCUUUUCAAAGGUCAACAGAUGUUUACGAUCGACUUUUUGGACAAAUUGCUCAAAGCCUCGCCCGAUUCGAAUCUCUUCUUUUCGCCAUACAGCUUGUAUCGCGUCAUGCUGCUCACCUACUUUGGCGCUCGCAACGGAACAGAAACCGCUUUAGUCGAAAGUCUCAAACUUCAUUGGGCUCAAAGCAAAAAUGAGGUUUUGACGGCUUACAAGCAAGACAAGGAGCUUCGCGUGCAAAAUAGCAAACAUGAACCAACCUUGGAGUUCGAAGCGGUUGACAAAUUUUUCUUCGACAAGGGAGUCGAGAUCAAAGAUUGCAUGGAGAAGACUUCCGAUGAAAUUGAGAGACUCGAUAUUGCAGGAAACGUUGAGGAGGCACGACUUCAUAUCAAUAAGUGGGUCGAGAAUGUCACACAUGACAUGAUUAAAGAUCUCUUGCCGCCAAAUGCGAUGGAUGGAAAAACGCAACUUGCGAUCGCCAAUGCUGCGUACUUCAAGGGCUUAUGGGAGUCAAAAUUCGAAGCGGAACACACAAAAAAGAUGCCGUUCUACGUGAACCCGGAGAAAAUUGCUUUUGUCGAUAUGAUGAGUCAAGAGGGAAGUUUCUUGUUUGCAGCGAACGAACAUUUGGGAUGUCACAUUUUGGAAAUGCCGUAUCACAAAUCAAAUUCCGCCAAUGAUGGCACGUCAUUUGUCGUAUUUUUACCGCCUUUCUCGAAAGCGAACGCUUUGGAAGACGUUUUAAGCAAAAUUACGCCUGAAUCGCUGUCACAAGCCUUGAACGAGGGACAUCCCCAAAAGGUUGACGUGAAAUUACCGAAAUUCACGAUGGAAAAAACCGUUCAAUUAGUGCCGAUCCUUCACGAAAUGGGACUUGGUGCCGUUUUAUCGCACGACGCUGACUUUUCGGGCUUUUCCGACACCACAAAGAUCACAUUUAACGAUGCCAUUCAAAAAUCCAAGAUCGAAGUUGAUGAAAGUGGAUCCCGAGCUGCUUCAGCUAGCAUCAUGUUCAGCUUCAGAUCAUCACGUCCCAUCGAACCGGUUGUUUUCCAUGCCAAUCAUCCAUUUAUGUUCAUGAUUUACGAUCAUAAGACACGUGCGAUAUUGUUCGCUGGCAUCUACAGAGGACCCGAAGCUUAAAUCUCUUGUGAGAAAAAAAUUGAAUCUCGAAAACUUAAAAA